AUGUAUGGCAAGAAGGGCAAGAAGAAGAAAAAGGGCGGCGGGAGCGGCGCGGCUGGGCCGUCGCAGGAGUCCGAGGCGCCGGCGGAGGGUGAUGAGGCGCCGUUGGAGGCGAACGCAGCCGAGGCUGCGAAGAAGGCCGAGGAGGAGAGAAUGAUCAGGCUUCUCGAGAAGUGUCACGAGGAGAGGAUCCGGUUCGGCAUCACGGCGGAGAGCCAGGCAGCGGCGUCGGCAGAGGUGGCCGAGGCGGCCAACGCGGCGCUCGCGGACGCGACGGCCGCUGCAGAGGCGAGCGCUGCUGUUGCGGCUGCUUCGAAGGCCAAGGCGACCGCUGCCAGGAUGGCCGCGGAUGCAGCCGAGCAGCAGCGCUCGUGA